AUGCAGCGGAGAAAGCAGGCGCGCUGGAAGAUCGACAAGGCGCUGUCGCCCGACCUCUCCAAGACAGUGGAGGAGGAAGCGACGCCGUUCGGUGUGCUCGAGCGUCUGCGCAAGAUGUUUGUAGGUGCUACCAAGUUAUCUCUCGUGCAUCAGCUCCGUGCAGUCAUGGAGAUGAAGUAUGAGAAGGGUACGAACCUGCUAGUGUUCAUCGAGGAGCUGAAACAGGAUUUCACGAAGCUCGAGAACAUGGAGAGCACAGAGCUGGAGUUUGACAAGCUUGUGGAGCUGCUGGAGAGCUCAUAUUUGGAGGUUAAGAGGCAAGAUCAACUACAAGGUCGUGGCUCAGAGGCCAAAUCCCAUAGUGACUCAGCUUUAUUUUCGAAGGGCAAACAGCGUGCCCCUGGUCGUGACAAGCGGACCGCUGAUGAUGAUGAUGGGAAGUGCCGUCACUGUCAUAUGCGUGGCCACUUCAUCCGUGAUUGCCGCAUAUAUCGCGAGAAGCAGGAGCACGGGUGGAGACAUCCACUCCCAUUCAGAACAAGGAAGGACUUCCACGAUGAUGACCGUGAUCCUACUCGAAAGCGAGACUACCAGCGAGAGGAAGACCGUAAGCGAGAAGGGGACCGAAAGCGAAGUCGUGAUGAUAAAGAAAGUGACGGUCGACACUCGCGUGGAGAUAAAUCUAAGUUUCGCAAGCAGUGA